CCCUCCUCGUGUAAAGACGUGUUUUUUCAUGUAUCCCUAAAAGAACUGAAAAAAGUUACUAAUUUUCUUCACUACUUCGCAUUUGUACCACGAUUAAUUAAAUAACUACAAAUUUAGAAUAAAAUCGACACAAAUUAAAAGUACGCAGUCAUCUUUGCAAGUGGUACAAUUUUACUUCAGUGAGCACUCAGAAUUUUCGGCAACAUGCAGGGUUUUAGUGACACAAAUGAAGUGAACAACAGGAAGGUUCGGGGAACCUAUUCGGGAGAAGAGGGCAGCUUUCCAAAUUUUAACUCGGAAAAAACAUAUACCUCCCUCGCUGACGACGCCAUGUCGAAAAUUUUCAGGAAUCCCUUGAUUCUCGACGUCAUUUUCGCAAAACUCGACCUCCCCGAUCUGAAAACGUGUCGUCUCGUCUGCCACGACUGGAACGACGUUGGCGUCAAUUUCCUAGCAAAACGUGCCUUUCUCCACGCGAACAAGCUUUUUCCCUCCAAGUUUGACGAGGUGCCCCCCGUCUCCGACAAACUGAUGCGACACCUCCUCAUCUCCGACAGUUUCGAUCAAUCCAUCCAGUCUGACGAGGAGAAGACCGAAGUCAUUACAAAAGCGGUCACGAAAGUAUCCGAGUCAACCCGAGAGAUAAGAUUUGUCCCCGCCCAGAAGGAAUUUAUCCCCCCUUUCCUCGAAAGAAUGAGGACGUUGGGAUCCACUAGAGUUCAACGGAUUGACAUCCUUAGCGCCUGGGAACGGGAUACUGACGACUCUAUAAUUCCCCCUGAGACGUAUCAAAAACUCCCGCCGCAAGUUAACCUUACCUCGCUCGGGUUAAGAUUUCUUCCAAGCUUUCUAUAUCCCAGAACCACCAGUUGCGAUGAAUUUCAACCCCUUGUCCAAAUUUGGCUCGAUGCUGCCCCCAACCUGACCACGCUGGCCAUCUCGGCGUCCCUCUAUCCGAAUUUGGAGGGGUGUAAGAGUCUCAAAGUGCUGAAACUUGAAUGCAUGGCGCACUUUGUGCAUUACCCUGGUAACCUCAAUUUGACCAAGCUGACGGACAUGCUGGAACAAGUGAAGGAUUCCUUAAUCGAGCUGGAUUUGCAUAUAUCGUCUUCCACGGAGGAGAUGGAACCUGUUACCGGAGGUCCCAUCAUGUCGAAACUUACCACGCUCUCGAUCCAUGCCACAGAUGGGAACGAAAUCCUUGAUUUUUUUGAUGAAGACCAUUUUCCCCAAUUAAAAACCCUCCAUGUCCAAGACAUACAUGAAGAUUCGUCUAUUUCGUCCUUCUUAGAUUUAUGGAGGAGACACAGGGGAGUUCAAUCUCUCACGUUGACCAUGAACUUAUUUGAAGACUUUGAAGAUGAGGAAUUCGAGGAGGAAAUUGUUGAUUUAUUUCCUGCCGUUAAGGAAUUCAAUUUGGUCUUGACGGACAUAGAUUUUGAUGGCAUUCCCACCCUCAGCGAGAUUACAGAACCUUUCAAAACGUGGGAUUUGGAACGGGUCAGCGUUCACGUGGAUGGGGUGAGCAAAACCUCCGAGCUGAUGGACGUACUUAAGGCCAUGUCCGGUUUGAAAGGAGCCAAAAGUGCCCAGUUCUGGGCCGUCUACAUCAAGGAGGACCAAUUUUCUGUCCACAUUCAAGAUCUCAUCAUGUUCAGUAAAGGAUUUAAGAAAGUAGAAAUCUUUGGGGGUGUGGUGCCAGAAAUUAUGGAACGAAUGCGAGCCGUCUUUGAAGCUAGUGGUGCACCCAUUGAUUUUACGGGAGGUGUGGCUAACGAAUUUGAAGACGAAGAGAGAAAAUAGUUGUGAUUUGUAUAAUGCUUUAAUUGGAUUUUGACUUGGUAUGGGAACAUUCAUAAACUAUGUAUGUUAUGCAAAAAUCGCGAAUAUCGUGGAUCCUCCCUUAACAUGUGUCACAUAGGAACAAUAUCAGAACCUCCAUCUAUCUCCCCUUUCUCGCGUGACAUAAUUUAUAAACGGUGCCGAGUCAAUGAACGUCUACAGUAGAUUUCAAUUUCUUGAAUGCAUAUUUAGUCUCAAUUCACUUUGUAGUACAUGUGAAAUUUGGUAAUAUUUAAUAAAAAUUUCUGAAAUA